UCUUUUUUGUUAAAUUUAUUUGCAUAUAUUAACAUGAAACCUGAUUGAAACCUGAGCCAACACACCACACCAAUGUCAUCACCAGCCCAGACUCUCUUCCCAUUCGCAAGAAUGUCACUGACACACAUAUCUUUCCGCUUUCUCUUUCUCUCUCUCCUCAUCGUCUUCCCUGAAUCCGCUCUCUCUUCAUCUUCCUCCUCCAACUCCAUCCAAAACCUCCUCCAAAGCCAAGGCUUGCCCGGAGGGCUCUUCCCCCACGAUGUCAAGUCGUUCACGCUCCACCCAGAUGGCCUCCUGGAAGUUAUCUUGGACCGUCCGUGCCUUGCCAAGUUCGACACCAGAGUCUACUUCGACAGUGUUGUGAGAGCCAACCUCACUUAUGGUAAGCUUAUGGGAAUGAAGGGUCUGUCUCAGAAAGAGCUGUUUCUGUGGCUUCCAGUGAAGGAUAUUAUGGUGGACGAUCCAUCUUCUGGUGUCAUAGUGUUUGAUAUUGGGGUUGCUCAUAAGCAGCUCUCUCUUUCUCUCUUUGAUGACCCUCCUGUGUGUAGGCCUCCAGAUUUGGAGGUUCUGCAGCCAAAUAUUGGGAGGAAGAAAAUCGGAUUUGAAGCCCUGAGAUGAAAGUCAGUUCCAAUUUUGUUUGUCAGAGAACUUACAGUUCGUACAGCAUCUUUUGGGAGUUUUGGGUGUUUGCUUUCACUUUUCUUCUUUCCCUUCUGAGGUUUGCUUGUAAAAAUGCACGAGGAAAUGAAGUUCGCAAAUUAGAUAGAUGAAAAUAGUAAACAGAGAUAUCAAAGUUGUAUGUCGGGGAUGAGUUUGUGAAUCAAAGUUGGUGAAGCCCUCAAGCCAUUUGGAUUCAA